CACGCACACAACGCGUAGGUAAACUCAGUAAGGCCGUGGAGUGCGCGCGCAGCGAUAGUGCGCGUUGUUCGAUAAAGUGCGGCCAUAUUUGAUCAGCUGUCAACAAGGAUAUUGCUUAUGGUUUUUGUAAUCCACACAAAAUGGCGAUCAUCAAACUUACUAUUUGUUUAAGUUUAAUUCAUAUGGCCGUCGGUAAAGGCAGCGAGGCACAAAUUCAAUGUGGCGCCGAUUUCAUGAAGGUGACUGUGCCCAUGGAUGGCGAUAGGAAGGUAUCAUACCUCGACCAGUUAAAAGAAUAUUCGCCCUGUCAGCCACUGAUGGAGUCUGAUGCAGCUACGUAUAUGUUAGACCUCCAAGAUUAUCAUAAAUGCGCCGUCACCCGAGUACUAAAUAAGAUCACUGGAAAACGAACAUACUACCACAAAAUAGUGAUAGAGACGUUAUCGGGCGGGCGGGAAACUGUCACCGUGCGAUGUGUCGUCACGAACAAGCGAGCCUUGUCUAGAAGAGCCGUAGAACCUUUUCCAUUGGAUUUUAGUGAACCUGAGGUUCUUGACAUAACACGAUACGAAGAAGGCCGUGCCCCCGAACCAAUUUUAGGGGCAGUCGUCAAGCAGAAUGGAAAACAAGUAUCAGGUGAGAUCUCCGUCAGCCCCGGGACUCCUUUAUCCAUGGAAAUAUUCCUGGAUAACUCCUCGGCACCCGUAUAUGGAUUACUGGUGAACUACAUGCAUGUGACAGACACGGGUAAACAGCAGGAGACCAUAAUAUUUAAUGGAUGUUCGAUCGACCCCUACCUUUUUGAUAACUUCCAAACCAACGAUGGUGAUAACUUGACAGCCAAAUUUAGGGCAUUCAAGUUCCCCGAUACGACCUAUGUGCAAUUUAAGGGUACUGUCACAGUUUGCCUCGACAAGUGUCAAGGGGUGCAAUGCAGUAACGGCGUAACAGCCUAUGGCAGGAAACGACGCUCAAUAGCAAACAACGCUGACAGUAAUAAAGUGUACGAAGUGUCGCUUACGACAUUUAUUAAAGUAGACUAUUUGGACGGCGAUAAAGAAGCAGAAGACGUAUUUGGCUUGAUAAAAAAUUUGAAAGUAGCAAACCAGCUUUUGGGUGACAGAAAUGGAACCCCAGCUACCGUCGCCGAGCACACCCAGGACAACAAACUAGUGUUACAGCAAUCCGGUGGUAGUGUAGCUACGUUUAGUGUUUUAUUAUUGAUCGCUAGUAUAGCUUUAUUAUUAAAGUAAACUACCAAAACUAUGGAAAAUUAACUCGAGGUUUCUAUGCUAGGUGGCGCUUCUUGUAAUCUUGUGUUAUUAAAAAUUAAAUUAAAUCAAUCGUGAAAUUAAUUUCAACGCAAGAGAUUGAUUUAAUUUGAAUUGUAGUUAAUGUAAUCUUUUUCAGUACCUAUCUAGCUAUUUUAUAACCGCGCCAUCUUGUUUACCUUUGGUAACAGAAAACAUGUAAUCUGUGUCCCAGUGUUACUAUUAAAAUAUAUAUUUUAAUUUUGCGACCACUAUGUAGUUAGGAUUAAGCAACUUGUCUAUCACAACUUUUAUUUAAUUUCUAUAAAAUGCUCAUCUAAUAUACGUGCAAUUAAAAAAAAUGUUAUUAAGUGUGAAAAUGAAUUUCUCGACAGUUUUUAUUAGUGCAAAAAAACCACAUGAAAUCAUUAAUAUUAAUUAACUUACGUCCAUUACUUUUAAUUCCGUCCAUUUUAAAUAAUAGAUUUAUUUUUAGGCCUUACUAAGUUAAUGCAGUCGCAUUUAAGUUCACUAGUCUUAAAAAUAAAAUGUAAAAUUAAGAAGUAGUAGUUUAGUAAUUCUACCAUAGUAAUAAGUGUAUACUUAACAGUACUGCUUUUAAUCGAUGAUUAACAAUAUUCAUGAGGGCAUGGAAAUCAAAAUUCGUUAAUAUAAGGCAACGAGGGCUGAAAACUUUCUUGUCAGUAAUUAUCAACGAAUCUCAAAAUGAAUAUACGGGAGAAAAGAGAAUUUGUGUAUGUCUACCCUAUUUUGUAACACCGGAAUGGUCCACGGGAAUACCGGACUGUAUACAAAUACAGAAUAUUCCAAAACUGUAUAUUAUAUAAUUGCUAUAAGCAUUCUACCGACUUGAUACUUUAUAUAACAACAAUUUUUAAAGUACGCAAGCAAGCAAUGACUAAUAAAUUAUUGGUACCUUUAAAGAAAAAGAAAUAGGUGCUUCAAACACUACAACCCACAUUGUCAUUAUAAAUUAUGAUUGUAACUAUGUACGGAAAAAUACACGUUUAAAUUUUAACCAUGUUUUGAGAGCUCUUAAGCCUUUUUUUCAAUAAAAUGUUUACAAUUAA